UGUACCCAAAACAUUCUUACAGUUACAGGUGAAAUAUAAUAUAAAUAUAUAUUUUGUAAUUGCUAUAUUUUAAUUUGUUUUCCGAGAAGGAUUUGGUUUGAAACAAAGCACCCGCCAUGGAACUUAAGAGAGAGAAGAAUGAGAGAGAGGGGGCAAAGCCAGGGUGAAGAAGGCCAAGAAAAGAAAUCAAUCAUGCAUGGCAGAUAUGAUAGUAUCCACUGCAAAGAGGAGAAAUCAGAGGAGAAAUCAGAGGAGGAGGAGUGGCCAAACCAACUACCACGAAGGCGGCGGAGAAACGAAAUCAGUCAUCAUGCCUCAUAGAUCGUCUUCCUCGCGAUGUACUUAUGGGCAUACUUUCUACACUGCGAGUCAAAUCUCUCUUGCAAUUGAGGUGCGUAUGCAAGUCCUGGUACUCUUUAAUCUCCGACUCCCAAUUCGUUAAAACCUAUCUCGAUCGAUUGAUCGCAUGUCCUGAUCUCCUAAAACAAAGACAACACAUUUUAAUACUGACUCACCCAAUCCUCUCCAAGCGUCCCUACGCCUUUACCCUCGAAUCGGCUGUAGCUGAUGACAAUGUCGGUGACAUUGUGCCUUCUGCAGUAAAGCUUGAUUAUAUGGCUGAGAUAAAAAAUUAUACUUUUUCUUCAUACACUAAAGUAAUUGGUUCUUGCGAUGGGUUAUUGUGUUUGAGGAUCGGGUCAACAGCUUCUUAUGUAUUCAAUCUCUCUACCAGAGAGUCCAAACGAAUUCCUGAACCUGACUUCAAAUUCUGUUAUUGGAGUAGUUUUUAUAUAUUGGGAUUUGGCUAUGAUCAAUCCGUCCAUGAUUACAAGCUGGUGGCAGGAGCUAAAAAAAGGUUCUAUGUAUAUUCCCUAAGGACUGAUUCGUGGAAAAAGGUUCAAGACCUUCCUUACAAUCACUUGCCUAAACCUUUUUCUAGUGGGAUACUGCUGAAUGGAGCAAUCCACUGGCUCUUCUCUUCGAAACGACGAUCAAAGAUUGUUGCUCUCUGUUUUGCGGAUGAGAAAUUCUGGGAGUUUCCGGUGCCCACUCUCUCAUUCAACCUUGGCUUGCUUGGAGGAUGUCUUUGUAUACUCCGUGGUAAUGAAUUUUUGGUGAUGAAGAAUAUGGCGUGGUACAGUCUUGGACCAAAGUUGUGAUUGAAAUCCCAUCUAUCACAAUCAGAGCAUUGACUUUGUUGGAGAAUAAUGAAGCCAUAUUAAAGAUAGACUCCAAGAAGUUAGUUCUAUACAACACAAGAGAGAGAACAUACAGGGAUCUGGUACUUCCGGAUUUCCUAGAUGUGGAAAAGAUUGUAGCUUAUGUGGAGAGCCUUGUAUCACCCUGUCAUGGAAAUUUGAGUUAGAGGCAAUAUCAAGUUCAAAUUAAUUCAGGAUGAAGGAUGACUGCAAAGGUACACCAAAUAACUAAACUAUAUCUUAUUCACUCUUUUUUCCAACUCAAAAGACAUUCCUUAUACUUAAGGUUUUCAAUAUGUUAGGAGGAUUUUGGAGCUUGAUUGUAUUUUAUUUAAUUUUUUUGUAUUUUAAUAUAUUAUUUGUUAAUGAAACCUUAGUAACUUGUUUAGCUACCUGUUGACUGUUUGAAUUUUUAUCGAGUAUGUAGAAAAUGCAUCAUUUUUCUUCAAUUGCUUUUGGAAAAGUAACCUUGACAAAAA